AAAGUUCAUAUAAUAUUGACGUGGAAACCCCUACACCGAAUCUCCACGCAACGCUCUAGGCAGUCUUCUUUUUUCUUGCCCCUUCAAUUGACCUUUCGUUUCAGGUUUCCAACUCCCACAGUUGCCCAGAUGAAGAGGCUGCAGCUCCAACGAUGGAGCAGUUCGGUCCUUUCGCCGCGGGCCCGAACUGGUGGCCGCCUGCAGCAGCAUCUGUAUUAUAGUCUGCGGCGCCAAUCGACUAUUUCUCCUGCUCCUCAGGCCGAGAGUGGGCAAUUUUUCAAUGAGCAACCACUGAAAUCGCCAACACACCUCACGCAAUCCUCGCACUUCAAAUACCUCCUCCCUUCUCCACCGGUUGAGGCCGCACGCGAGUCCGCAAAACUUGCCGCCCUUCAUGCACGCCUCUAUCUCCCCUCACGACUACCCCUCGAGACAUUAGCACGCUCUCUGGUCGAUGCCUCGGCAGACUCAAAUCCUGAUUUCAACAAUGGGUCGUUGGCUACCCUCGGCCAUGACCUCCUGACCUACUAUACCUCCGAACACCUUCUUUGUACAUAUCCUCGACUUCCCCUAACCGUCAUCUUCGCGGCCAUGUAUGCGUAUGUCGGUCCUAAAACCUUGGCAGCAAUGGCAAAGGAAUGGGGUGUUGAGAUGGCGGCGGUUCCUGGUGGAGAGGUCGACCCCGGCCUCCUGCAGUUCAAAAGAGUACUCCCUGGCACCAAGUUGGAGGAGGAGCCAGUUAAGCCAGUUACUGGCACAGAGAGACCUAAUGAACAUCGGACGACGUGGAGAAGAUCAAUGACUUCCAGGAUCGUCUACGACAACGAGUUUGGGGAUCCCGUCAAAACGGCCGAUUGGACUGUCCCGGGAUCGGAGCACACUAAGGGCGUUACUGCUGAACAGGCUAACGCGACAUUUGUGCGUGCAGUUAUGGGCGCCAUCUACCUUCAUGCUGGGAGACCAGCCGCUAAGCGCUUCUUCGAGCAACAUUUCCUCUCCCGCCACCUCAACAUCUCGGACCUGUUCAACUUCUCCCAGCCGGCUCGUGACCUUUCCCGUCUUUGUGCUCGGGAGAACUUUGAGCCGCCGGUCGCGAAGAUCAUCAGUGAAACUGGCCGCAAGAGCAGGCACCCUGUCUUUGUGGUUGGUAUUUUCUCUGGUCAGGAUAAAUUGGGUGAGGGCGCUGGCGCCAGUCUGCUUGAAGCUCGAUCCAGGGCUGCCGUGGCUGCGCUCAAGGGCUGGUAUCUGUACAGCCCAUUGAAUGUGCGUGUUCCCAGCUCCAUGGAAGAGGAGGGGGCUACACCUUGGAAGCCAGUCCACGUGGACUUGGGCGAGGUGAUCGUGUAAGAUGGGAUCGGUGACAAAAAAGAAACAUGCGUCAAUGUGGAAAAGGUGUUAUAUUAUAUGAUAUGACCGUCAUCGAUGGGACAGGAGCAAGGGCACAUUACAUAUUAUCUAUUCGAAUUUGCAAGAUCAGGUUUUGUACAGUAUGGGAAAUUUAUUAUUCGUCUGAUGUCUUCUUCGUUGAACCCUUAUUUUUUUUCAUUUUCUAUCUUGGUUUCUUGUUGUAUUUUGGUCAACGU